AUGGCGAAACAACUCGACAUCAACUCGAAACUCAAGCUAAGUUCCGGCUAUGAGAUACCCUUACUGGGCUACGCCGACGUCGCGGAGGACGUAACAGACCACGCUAUCAAGAGCGGAUACCGACACGUCGAUUCCGCGACAGUCUACCGCAACGAAGAGCCCUCAGCCAAGGGUAUGCUCAAGUCUGGCGUCCCGCGAGAGCAGCUCUUCUUCACUUCGAAGGUGCCACCGCGGGAUGUCAACUAUGAUGGAGCGAAGAAAUGCGUAGAUGAGAGUUUGAGGAAGACUGGGCUCAGCUACAUUGAUCUGUAUUUGCUCCAUGCACCAUAUGGUGGCAAAGAAGGACGACUUGGUGCGUGGCAAGCGCUGGUUGAGAAGGUGCAGGAGGGUAAGGUAAGGAGUAUCGGGGUGAGCAACUAUGGUGUCCACCACCUGGACGAGCUCGAGCAAUGGCAGAAGCAACAAUCCAAGGACAAAGUAGGUGUCCUCUCCGUCAAUCAGGUCGAACUUCACCCUUGGUUGGCUCGUCCGGACAUCGUGGAGUGGUGUGAGAAGCGCGGCGUCGUCCUUGAAGCCUACUCACCACUGGUCCGCUCGCAAAGAAUGGACGACCCACUGCUGGCACCUCUAGCGAAGAAGCACAGCAAAACUCCGGCGCAGAUCCUCCUCCGAUGGGGUCUGCAGAAGAACUUCGUCAUCCUGCCAAAGAGCGUCACGCACAAUCGCAUCGAGGAGAACAAAGAGAUCUACGACUUUGAGCUGAGCAAGGAGGAUAUGGAGGCAUUGAAUACGAAGCAGUAUUCGCCUUCGGCGUGGGACCCGACGAAGAGUCCGUUGAGUGGGUAG